AUGGGCCUGAAAGAUCCGCAAGCUCCCGAGAAGACGUCGUCGAAGGAUGCGCUCCAGCAAGCUCCCGAGAAGACGUCGUCGAAGGAUGCGCUCCAGCAAGCUCCCGAGAAGACGUCGUCGAAGGAUGCGCUCCAGCAAGCUCCCGAGAAGACGUCGUCGAAGGAUGCGCUCCAGCAAGCUCCCGAGAAGACGUCGUCGAAGGAUGCGCUCCAGCAAGCUCCCGAGAAGACGUCGUCGAAGGAUGCGCUCCAGCCAGCUCCCGAGAAGACGUCGUCGAAGGAUGCGCUCCAGCAAGCUCCCGAGAAGACGUCGUCGAAGGAUGCGCUCCAGCAAGCUCCCGAGAAGACGUCGUCGAAGGAUGCGCUCCAGCCAGCUCCCGAGAAGACGUCGUCGAAGGAUGCGCUCCAGCAAGCUCCCGAGAAGACGUCGUCGAAGGAUGCGCUCCAGCAAGCUCCCGAGAAGACGUCGUCGAAGGAUGCGCUCCAGCAAGCUCCCGAGAAGACGUCGUCGAAGGAUGCGCUCCAGCAAGCUCCCGAGAAGACGUCGUCGAAGGAUGCGCUCCAGCCAGCUCCCGAGAAGACGUCGUCGAAGGAUGCGCUCCAGCCAGCUCCCGAGAAGACGUCGUCGAAGGAUGCGCUCCAGCCAGCUCCCGAGAAGACGUCGUCGAAGGAUGCGCUCCAGCAAGCUCCCGAGAAGACGUCGUCGAAGGAUGCGCUCCAGCCAGCUCCCGAGAAGACGUCGUCGAAGGAUGCGCUCCAGCAAGCUCCCGAGAAGACGUCGUCGAAGGAUGCGCUCCAGCAAGCUCCCGAGAAGACGUCGUCGAAGGAUGCGCUCCAGCAAGCUCCCGAGAAGACGUCGUCGAAGGAUGCGCUCCAGCAAGCUCCCGAGAAGACGUCGUCGAAGGAUGCGCUCCAGCAAGCUCCCGAGAAGACGUCGUCGAAGGAUGCGCUCCAGCAAGGUCCCGAGAAGACGUCGUCGAAGGAUGCGCUCCAGCAAGCUCCCGAGAAUACGUCGUCGAAGGAUGCGCUCCAGCAAGGUCCCGAGAAGACGUCGUCGAAGGAUGCGCUCCAGCAAGCUCCCGAGAAUACGUCGUCGAAGGAUGCGCUCCAGCAAGCUCCCGAGAAGACGUCGUCGAAGGAUGCGCUCCAGCAAGCUCCCGAGAAGACGUCGUCGAAGGAUGCGCUCCAGCAAGCUCCCGAGAAUACGUCGUCGAAGGAUGCGCUCCAGCAAGGUCCCGAGAAGACGUCGUCGAAGGAUGCGCUCCAGCAAGCUCCCGAGAAGACGUCGUCGAAGGAUGCGCUCCAGCAAGCUCCCGAGAAUACGUCGUCGAAGGAUGCGCUCCAGCAAGGUCCCGAGAAGACGUCGUCGAAGGAUGCGCUCCAGCAAGCUCCCGAGAAUACGUCGUCGAAGGAUGCGCUCCAGCAAGCUCCCGAGAAGACGUCGUCGAAGGAUGCGCUCCAGCAAGCUCCCGAGAAUACGUCGUCGAAGGAUGCGCUCCAGCAAGGUCCCGAGAAGACGUCGUCGAAGGAUGCGCUCCAGCAAGCUCCCGAGAAGACGUCGUCGAAGGAUGCGCUCCAGCAAGCUCCCGAAAAGGAUCAAAAAGGACUUGGACGACAGCCGAACACCAGCAAAAAAGUGAACGAACUGAGGUUUUAG